AACCACGUACGUGUUACUAUCAGUAGUGCGUACCACGUGAUUUUGCGUCAAAUCUCUACCGAGCCUUAACUACGCGGCACAAAGUCAAAAGGGCGGCGGAUCCAUCGACUCCAAUGAAAGCCGUACAUACGCCGAGUGAUAAGCAAGCGAUAGCAAACCAUCCGGAGCUUCUCUGUAUAAAACGCACGGGUGCUGGAGGCAACCACCACAGAUCGCACGGACUCAAGACGCAGCACACGAAAGCACACACGCAAGCUGACGAGCAUGGCAGCCACCAUGAAGCUGUCGCUCACCUUCGUCCUCCUCCUCUCCGCGCUGGUGGUGCUCGGGGACGCCCAGGCGACCUGCGACCUCGUCCGGUGCAUCCAGGGAGGGCACAUCACCUGCAAGAACUACCCCGGCCAGAGGCUCGACGGGUGCGCCUGCGUGUGCGCGCCCGAGGACGGCAAGCGCUGCGUGCUCCGGCUCGACGACGGCUCCACCUACGACUGCCCCAAAACCAAGUGCUGAAAGUACUGCACCACACGCGUUCGUCGUGUUCAUCUUGUGAUCUCGUGUUUGAGUUCAAUAAAGCCGCAAUUGCGUCUUGAAACAACUGACGAAUGGAAUGGCAAGUUUGUGUCCUGGAAUAAGUAAUGAACUGAUUGGAACCUA